UGAGGCGAUCAUUUGGGUCGAAUUAACGGAGCCAUAAAUACGGCCCGUGCAACGAAGAGCUGCAAUUGUUACGUCGUAACAUGCUGCACAAGACAAGAAUGUUAACCUCAAUGUUUUUGCUCCCUCUUUUAACCACUUCUUAUGCCAUGGAAUGCGAUGAGAUAUUGGAGUUGCCCGUUGACAGAAAAUUGUCGCUGCAGGAGCUACAGAUGAUUCCGCCGAAAGAUAUGAUACAAUGUAUGGCCCAUCUGGGCCGAGAGCAGAUGAAGAAUGAGCAAGCAUCAUAUAUUUGGACGUCAAUCAUUGAUUACUUCGGAGGCAUAGCUAACGUGCCCGAAAACAUUCUUAUGCUGCUCCACUGGGUGACUCCUGCCAUCCCUCCGGAGCAUUUCUCUAACAUGACUUUAAGUAGCAUCGACGUGAUAGAAAACUUUGGUCUGAACUACAACUUAAAUGAAGCUCAAAUUGCUGCCCUCGCCGACCGGGUGCGUGAAGAUUUUGCCGGAAAGGAGCCAGAAGAUUACACAUACUAUGAUUUGACCGCUAUGCGUCAAAUAUUGUGCGGUUUUAACAGAAGUGAAAUCGAGAGGAUCCACCCUGCGGCGUACAGAGAAGCCGCUCUGAUAAUAAGUAAGCUGGAGCGCUGUAAUCCUGCCGUUUUGGCAGGGUUUGCGACACUUGCGGUCCAGGUGGACGCGUUUGGGCCGCCUGCUUCAUGGUCAGAGUCCACGUGGGAAAUCGUCGGCAGUCACUCAGUCGGAGAGUACGUCGGUGCGAAAGGACCUCAGCGACCCACCGUCGUCACCGCUGCUCCUUCUGGCAACAACACUACAUAA